UUUGAAAAAUCGGCAACGCUUAACCACAGAAUAGUUCUUACAUAAAAGUUUUAUAAUAGGUAAAUUCAGUCUAGUAUCAAAACUAACUAACGGCACACUAUUGAAAAUAGUGAACGACAAUUUGGUAUGUCGUGCGUGUGUAAAACGGAGAACACAAAUGUAUGGGCAACGUCCUCUUAAGUGGAAACAAAUUUUCAACGAAUAAAUCGGCAAAGAAAAUAAAAAGCAACAACAAAUUUUUUUUUAUAAUUGGAUUUUUUUUAUUGGUAUAUAUAAUCUGUAAUAGUAUUUACAAUAAGCAUAUAUGCGAAAAAAAAUGUAUAUUAUAAUAUGCAAUACCUACGUGGAGACGUGAAGAGAGAAGUCACCCAGCAGAAACACUCAGAAUAUUGAUAUUGGAACGGUCGUGGAUUGAAAUGAAUUGUAGCCAACCGUUUGUCAAGUCGCAGAAACGUAUUUGGAUUUUAGACGUCGGCGAAAGUGGUUUGACUUAAAUAGUUAAAUACUGUGUAUAAAUGCGUACUGGUAUACAGCAGUCAAUGAUAUCGUGGGAGCUACCAUUUGGACGUCAUAAUUUUUAGGAUUAUAGGAACCUAUUACAUAGGUACCUAGUUAGCGUAAAUCGAAAUUGACAAAUUAUUACCGACGUUAUGAUGACUUAUUCGGUGUCGUCGAACAAGAAACACGAUCUAUCGAAUAGGAAUAUAUUUGGAAAGUUAUUGGCACUGUUUAGUUUGACACCUUUUGUGAUUCUGUCUGGUUUUAUUUCUUUAAUUCUAUUUCGGCGAGAUUUACAUACAAUAACUUUUUUCUUCGGUGUGUUACUCAAUGAGAUAUGCAAUACAGUUCUUAAACAUAUAUUACGGGAGCCUAGACCCUUAGCAAGAAAUACAAAUUUGUUGUACUCAGAAUAUGGCAUGCCUUCAUCUCAUUCUCAAUUUAUGUGGUUUUUUGCAUCGUACAUGUUAUACUUCACAUUUAUAAGGUUGCAGUAUGCUAACAACAAAGCAUUUAAAGAGUUUUUCUGGAAAGUCGCUGGAGCUGUAUCAUGCAUUGCUAUUGCCUGUAUAGUUUCUUAUAGCAGAAUAUUUCUACAAUACCAUACAUGGAAGCAAGUAAUAUAUGGAGCACUAUUUGGUAUUAUUAUAGGGACUAUUUGGUUUACCAUAAUUAAUGUGGUAUUGACACCCUAUUUUCCAACAGUUAUAUCUUGGAAAAUAUCUGAACUGUUUUUAUUGAGAGACACUACGUUGAUUCCCAAUGUCUUAUGGUUUGAAUACACAAAUAUUCGUCAUGAAGCAGGAGCUAGAGCCAGACGUCGAAAAUCAAUUUCUGCAAAAUCUCAAUGACUAAUAUUUUGAAAGAAAUAGAAUGCAUUAAAAUAAUAUGACUAACCUUUCCAAGCAUUUGUAAUUAUGUGAAAUAAUAAAUUCACAGUAUGUUUAUAAUAAUAUUUUGCUAUAAUAAUAUGUGUUGUUUGUGACAUGUUUAUGUAUGAUUAUAAUAACUAAAUAAUUUGUUCAUUUAUAUUUUAUAAUAUCUAAUAGGUACCAGGAUAUCCUGGGACCUACUGUUUUAUAAACACCAUGAAAAUUCAAUUUAUUAUUUAAAAUUUUCAGUAUGUUUAAAUUAAUUUUGAAUAG